AUGCUUUCAAGGGCCAAACCUGCUGUAGGCGGGGACCCACCGCACACUGACAAAAGGAAGAAGAAAGGUAGGAAGAUUCCAAAGCUAGAGGAGCUACUUUCACAAAGAGAUUUCACUGGAGCUAUUACCCUGUUGGAGUUCAAACGUCAUGUUGGGGAACAAGAAGAGGAUACUAAUUUGUGGAUUGGAUACUGUGCUUUUCACCUGGGUGACUACAAGAGAGCUUUGGAGGAAUAUGAAAAUGCAACAAAAGAAGAAAAUUGCAAUCCUGAAGUCUGGGUGAACCUAGCCUGUACCUACUUCUUUCUUGGAAUGUAUAAACAAGCUGAAGCAGCUGGAUUUAAAGCUCCAAAAAGCCGACUUCAAAACCGCCUCCUCUUCCACUUGGCUCACAAGUUUAAUGAUGAGAAGAAACUGAUGAACUUCCAUCAGAAUCUUCAGGAUAUCACAGAAGAUCAGCUCAGUUUGGCCUCAAUCCACUAUAUGCGAUCUCACUACCAAGAAGCCAUUGAUAUUUACAAGCGAAUACUGCUAGAUAACAGGGAAUACCUUGCCCUCAAUGUUUAUGUGGCCCUAUGUUACUACAAGUUGGAUUACUAUGACGUGUCUCAAGAAGUUCUGGCUGUUUAUCUUCAGCAGAUUCCUGAUAGCACCAUCGCGCUCAAUCUUAAGGCCUGUAAUCAUUUUCGCCUUUACAAUGGCAAAGCCGCUGAGGCAGAACUCAAAAGCUUGAUGGACAACGCUUCUUCUUCCUUUGAAUUUGCUAAAGAGCUCAUCAGGCACAAUCUGGUAGUUUUCCGAGGAGGAGAAGGGGCUUUGCAGGUUUUGCCUCCCCUGGUUGAUGUCAUUCCUGAAGCUAGGCUAAACUUAGUGAUUUACUAUCUUCGUCAAGAUGAUGUACAGGAAGCUUAUAACUUAAUUAAGGAUCUGGAACCUACUACUCCUCAGGAGUAUAUCCUCAAAGGAGUGGUCAAUGCAGCCCUUGGCCAGGAAAUGUGUUCGAGGGAUCAUAUGAAAAUUGCCCAGCAGUUCUUCCAGUUGGUGGGAGGAUCAGCUAGCGAAUGUGAUACAAUACCAGGAAGGCAGUGCAUGGCUUCCUGUUUCUUCCUGCUUAAGCAGUUUGAUGAUGUCUUGAUUUACCUCAACUCAUUUAAGAGUUACUUCUAUAAUGAUGACAUCUUUAACUUUAAUUAUGCCCAAGCCAAAGCUGCAACUGGUAAUACCAGUGAGGGUGAAGAGGUUUUCCUUUUAAUCCAAAGUGAGAAGAUGAAAAAUGACUACAUUUACCUCAGUUGGUUAGCUCGGUGCUACAUUAUGAAUAAGAAGCCAAGACUAGCCUGGGAGCUUUAUCUCAAGAUGGAAACCUCUGGCGAGUCCUUUAGCCUCCUGCAGCUCAUUGCUAAUGACUGCUACAAGAUGGGCCAGUUUUACUAUUCAGCAAAAGCAUUUGAUGUCUUAGAGAGGCUGGACCCCAACCCUGAAUACUGGGAAGGCAAGCGGGGUGCCUGUGUGGGCAUAUUCCAGAUGAUCUUGGCUGGGAGGGAACCCAAAGAGACCCUUCGAGAAGUGCUCCACUUACUGAGAAGCACGGGUAACCCGCAGGUCGAGUACAUCGUCCGGAUCAUGAAGAAAUGGGCCAAGGAAAACAGAGUGCCUGUCUAA